GUAGAGCGAGGAAAGAGGGAGGAGGGAGGAGGGAGGAGGGAGGAGGGAGGAGGGAAGAAAGACGGAUGACAGAGAUAAGGAAACACCUUAACAAUGAACAGCGUUGAGAGAGAGAGGGGAGCAGGAAGAAGAGAGGAGAAGAGGGAGGAGGGAGAGGCAGGAAAGCGAUGGAAUCGAGGGACGAGAAAGGGAGAAAAGCGAGAAGAGGGAGGAGAAGGAGAGACAGACAGAAUGAAGGGAGGAGGAAAUGGAGGAGAAGAGGGAGUGGAAGAGGGAGGAGAAGAGGAACAAGAAGAGGGAGGAGAAAUGGCGCGAGAAGAGGGAGAAGAAAUGGCGCGAGAAGAGGGAGAAGACAGGAAGGAGAGAUCGAAUAGAGGAGAGCAGCGAGGAGAAGGCGGAGGAGAAGAUGGAGGAGAAGAGAGAAGAGAAGAGAGGAGAAGAGGGAGGACAAGAAAGGAAAAGAGGAGGAUAGAAGACGAUAUGGAGAACAGUGAGAGAGCCAGGGGCGAGAAGAAGGAAGGACAGCGCGGAAAGAGACAAACGAGAACGAGGGAAGAUAGCAGUACGAAAGCGCCCAUCGUCUUCGCCCGCCCGGUCAUUGUAGCCGUAUCUGGGACAAUAUUCUGUACUGAUGAGCGAUCAUGACCGGGCGUUCUAUUCGGGUGAAGACGAUAGACAGAGCGAG